AUGGAGGCGGUGCCCACCGCGGGCGCGCAAUUCGGAGAUUGUCCCGGCGCCCACUCAAUUAACUCCGGCCCGUGUUGGUCGAAAAAAUACGCCGCGACCUCAACCUUCCCCGUUCGCAAAGCAAACAGGAACGGGCCCGAAUUAAGUGAACAGCGUACGGCGCGUAUAAAUUGGGUCACGGGAACAAAUUUUAAACGUAUAAAGCUGCUGAAAUUAGUGGGAGCGCGCACGCUCCCUGUUUACACACACCCGCUGAAUAUUAAAAUCGGCGCGCUUAUAGUAAGCGGCGAAAAGUCAAACUUGUUGCGUCGGGGAAAACUAGCGUUUCCCGACGUAGCGCCGGAGCGUGACAUUAAAGGCGGGCACGGAGCGAGCAGUUGGCUGCUGAGAGGCGUGCGAUAUCGAGUUAGCGACUUGCACAGACCAAACAAGACGCCGAGCGGGCUUCCUGCAGUAAACUACUUAAAUCUCGACGCUUCAGCGCCGCAACGGCCGAGGAAACUUGCCGUCUAUAGCCGGGAU